GAUUCCCUGCUGUCACUUUGCGUUCCAGGUUGUGAAAUUGCGAAGUAGUGAAUGCGAUGUCGUGAUUGGUGUUGCGGGGCUUGCAUUGCUUGUAGUCUGAUCAACUCGACGAGUUCGGAGGAGACUGAGGACUGGGCAGAAACUCUGAAACAACAUGUCUCCUUGGAUUAAACAGGAACAUUGUGGAAAAGGUUAAAGUUGCAACCAGCAAACGUUUAAACUUUGCCAGUGUAAUUAAACCUCCGAAAUGGCAGAGCGGGGGGCCCACAUUACCACCACUUCAGCGUCUGAUGACCGGCCCAGUAUUUUUGAGGUGGUGGCUCAGGAGAGCUUGAUGGCAGCUGCCAGACCUGCUUUGCACCAUAUUGUGAAGGUCCUUGCUGAGUCUAAUCCUUCUCGCUAUGGCACUUUGUGGAGGUGGUUUGAUGAACUUUAUACCUUGCUGGAUUGGCUUCUGCAGCAGCAUUACUUGUCCUGGGCCAGUGCCUCUUUCUCUGAGAACUUCUAUGGACUAAAACGCAUAACACUGGGGAAGGAAGUAGGGCAAAGAAACUUGCCAAGGAAAGAGUACUGGAAGUCCCUGUUGCUGCUUGUGCUUAUACCUUAUUUGCGGGUUAAACUAGAGAAAAUAGUGAACAGGUUACGAGAGGAGCAGGAUUAUUCCAUACAAAAUCCAACCUCUUUUCACAAAAGAUGCUACAAAGCUAUACUGGCAUCCUACCCCUUUGUGAAGCUAGGCUGGGAAGCUUGGUUUCUCUUUUACCAGUUGAGGUAUAUUCUCUGGAAUGGAAAGAAUCACUCUCCACUGCUCAGGUUAGCGGGGGUGCAGCUAACUCGAUUAACUAUGGAAGACCUGCAUGCCAUGGAGAAACAAGAAGAGAUGACAAACACUUUAUCUAAUGCAGUGAGCCUCAGCCAGCGCAUAAGGAGUAUCCUGAAGAAAGCUCUUGGUGCCGUUGCCCUGUCCGUUUCCUCCAGCUUAUCACUUGGCGUUUUUUUCUUACAGUUUCUAGAUUGGUGGUAUUCAGCAGAAAAUCAGGAGACCCUAAAAUCCUUGAAUAACUUGCCUGUGCCUCCUCCCCCAAUCCAUUUUGAACUAGAAACUUAUUCUCCACUGCUACCCAAGUUAAAGACAGUGUGCCCCCUUUGCAGAAAGGUGCGGGUAAAUGAUACAGCUCUAGGCACAUCUGGCUAUGUCUUCUGUUAUCGCUGUGCAUAUUACUACGUGAAGACUCACCAACGAUGUCCUGUGAGCGGUUACCCUACAGAGCUUCAGCAUCUCAUCAAACUGUAUACACCUGAUGGUUAAACUCUAACCAAACUCUUCGCUAAUUCCCAUUUGCUAAGUUUACAUCUGAUGGUGCAGAGGUAACACCAGGACACACAUCUGUCCUAGAAAGGUAGAAAUGAAACCUGCAAUGUGUGUACCUAAAACCGCUUAGAAAUGUAGACUUGAGCCGUUUGAUUUGCAUGAAUAAGCAUUAAGUUAAAUGUGGCCUAAACCAGAAUUUAAAAUGAAUGUAAAUGUAGAGUUCUCCUCUGCAGUUUGAAAGUUAUUUUUAUAAUUAUUGAUUUGGAAUUAAUAUUGGAAGUUUUAGACUGCUAUUAACAGGCUAAGCUGACUCUAAACCACCAACAUAGUCUGUUAAAAAAAAGACUGAGGUUGGGCAUACGCCAGAAUGUUAACUAAGUAGAAAAAGACAUAAUGAGGUGCUCAAGAGUAUAUAAUUGUGCACAAAAGAAGAAAGACCCUGCUGUUUACCCCCCAAGGGUUAGAAAACCAACAUCUCACCAGGGACAUCAGCCAAGCUCACAUUAUAAACAACAUACAUGGCAUUCUCACCAUGCCUACUUUGGUAUAGCUUAUAAUUUAUAUGGAUGCACAUUUUGUAUAAAAGCUUUAUCAAAAUGUUGAAUGA